AUGAAUCGUAAACAAAACGCGCGCGCUUCAACGCUUAUCCUCGUAAUUUCAUGUAAAAUCAAGUGAAAUCAGCCUGAGGAUGAAAAAGUUGGUAAUCAUCGAUACUAUAAAGCAUACGCAAAAACCUGUCCCCGAGAGUGGUCAGGAAAUUGGUCGCGGGAAGUUUCUAGAGUGCGAUGAUAAACGAGUGUCUCGGACGCAUGGCCGCAUCGCAUCAGAAUUGAAAGGCAGCAAGCUCUUGCUACGCCUCGAGUCACUACACAUCAAUCCAAUAUUUUGCCGGAAAAAGGACGGGGCCACUGAUUAUACGUUGAAGAAGGAAGAAAGCAUUCUGCUAGAAAUAGGCGACAAGUUUAAACUUAUUGUGGACGGCGUUUGGUUUGAGGUAGGCGAAGAUACAUCUGAAACCGAUACACACCCCACAGAGAUGCCGAUUGAAGCUGAAAAUCUAAAUUCCACAUUGGAUGAUGCUACGCCAUCCAAACGCAAACACGAUGCAGAACAAUCUGAAGAUCAAUCAAAAAGGCUACGGAUAGAAUGUGCAGAUAAUAACUCCGAACCAUCAACUUCAUCCCAUCCGCUCCCGGCAAACCAUUCAACCGAUGCUGAAGAAAUGAUGGUUCCCGACAGCAGCUCGACAGAAACGGUAACAACUACACCCGUUCAGAUUAAACCGGAUCCCGAUGCGUUACCAUCAGGUAGCAACAGUUCGCAAGUUCAGAUCAAACCCGACCCAGAUGCGAAGGGAAGCAACGGGGGCCCAAUGGCUAAUGAUGGUUGUUUGCCGACAGGCAGUAGUUUGCCUCCAGUAUCGAUUAAACCUGACCCAGACGGAUUGGUAGCGAAAGCGGGACUACCUGCCACCGUCUCCCCAGUAGUUGCUAACCCCGGUGUAUUACGCCCAUCCUGUGAUUUCGGAAUACGAUGCUACCGUGCAGGUCAAGAUCAUCGGACACUCUACGCUCAUCCGGGCGAUUUGGAUUACAGAAGACCGAACUUCCCUCCACCUCCUCCGGGGUCACCGCUGUGUCCGUUUGGUGCACGAUGUUACAGACGAAAUCCGCAGCAUUUCCGCGAAUUUGAUCAUCCAGACCCGAAUGCGGGUUUGUUGCGCAGGCCUUUGCGCCCCGGUGGACCAAGACUGCAGCAGCCUGAUGACAAUAUGUCUGAUAACGAUGAAUAUCCGUACGAAUCUGAUCCCGAUUUUGAUGAUAGUUCGUCAGACGAGUAUAUUCCCGGACAUAUGUAUGAUGAGAGUGACGAUGGUGACAGUGCAGAGGGCGAUAAUGAUAGCGGCCUCGAUUGUUAACUCUGCGCAAACGCUUAUCUGGAGGAUUUGCCAUAACUUUGUUACACGUCUGUCAGGCCGAAUGGGGAGACGGGAAAUGUUAUUUAAGUAAAACGAAGAAAAUAAAGAAUGUUACCUCAUGUUUUCGGUAUUCCGUUUCGUA